UUUAGAUCACACUGAGGAGGAUGGGUGUAACAACAUGCAGGUAAAGAACAAGAGCUGACAGACCACAUUCACUGCACACACACAUGCUGUUCAGAUCACAGCUCACACUAGUUUCAGCUCUCAGGAAGUGAAACUCAGACACUCGCUGCCACUGAGAGGAGAAAUGGAGCAGAAAGGAGUUCAGCUGGACCGGGAAACCUUCUCUUGUCCCAUCUGUCUGGAUCCACUGAAGGAUCCGGUGACUAUUCCCUGUGGACACAACUACUGCAUGGAGUGUAUUAAAGGCUUCUGGGACGGAGAGGAUGAGAAGGAAGUCUACAGCUGCCCUCAGUGUAGGCAGAGCUUCACACCGAGGCCUGUCCUGCUGAAAAACACCAUGUUAGCAGCUUUAGUGGAGGAGCUGAAGAAGACUGGACUCCCAGCUGCUCCUGCUGAUCACUGCUAUGCUGGAGCUGAAGAGGUGGCCUGUGAUGUCUGCACUGGGAGAAAACUGAGAGCCAGUAAGUCCUGUCUCGUGUGUCUGACCUCUUACUGUGAGAAACACCUCCAGCCUCAUUAUGACGUAGCUCCAUUAAAGAAACACAAGCUGGUGGAGCCCUCCAAGAAGCUCCAGGAGAACAUCUGCUCUCGUCACGACGAGGUGAUGAAGAUGUUCUGCCGUACUGAUCAGCAGUGUAUCUGUUAUCUCUGCUCUGUAGAGGAACAUAAAGGCCACGACACAGUGACAGCUGCAGCAGAGAGGACUGAGAGGCAGAGAGAACUGGAGGGGAGUCGAAAAAACAUCCAGCAGAGAAUCCAGGACGGAGAGAAGGAGGUGAAGCUGCUUCAGCAGGAGGUGGAGGCCAUCGAUCGCUCUGCUGAUAAAGCAGUGGAGGACAGUGAGAAGAUGUUCACUGAGCUGAUCCGUCUCAUGCAGAAGAGAAGCUCUGAUGUGAAGCAGCAGGUCAGAUCCCAGCAGAAGAGGGAAGUGAGUCGAGUCAAAGAGCUUCAGGAGAAGCUGGAGCAGGAGACGGCUGAGCUGAAGAGGAGAGACGCUGAGCUGAAGCUGCUCGCUCACACAGAGGAUCACAACCAGUUUCUGCACAGCUACCCCUCCCUGUCAGCCCUCAGUGAACCCACACACUCAUCCAGCAUCAACAUCCGUCCUCUGAGCUACUUUGAGGACGUGACGGCGGCCGUGUCAGCAGUCAGAGACAAACUACAGGACGUCCUGAGAGAGGACUGGACAAACGUCUCAGCGACUGAAGGGGAUGUUUUACUGCCACCAGCAGAGCCUACCACCAGAGCUGGGUUCUUAAAAUAUUCACAGGAAAUCACACUGGAUCCAAACACAGCAAACACACAGCUGUUAUUAUCUGAGGGGAGCAGAAAAGCAACAAGAGUGAAACAACAACGGUCUUAUUCUAGUCACCCAGACAGAUUCACUGCAUAUCCUCAGGUCCUGAGUAGAGAGAGUCUGACUGGACGUUGUUACUGGGAGGUGGAGUGGAGAGGGACAAGAGUUGAUGUAGCAGUCUCAUACAAGAAUAUCAGCAGAGCAGGGUUGGGGGGUGAAAGUUUAUUUGGAAACAAUGAGAAAUCUUGGUCGUUAGUUUGUAAACAAAACAGUUAUUCACUUCGUUACAACAGCAUCAACACUCCUGUCUCAGGUCCUCAGUCCUCCAGAGUAGGAGUGUACCUGGAUCACAGAGCAGGUAUUCUGUCCUUCUACAGCGUCUCUGAAACCAUGACUCUCCUCCACAGAGUCCAGACCACAUUCACUCAGCCGCUACAUGCUGGACUUUGGCUUUAUGAUUAUGGAGACUCAUCAGCUGAGUUGUGUAAACUGGAAUAGCCUGAAGUCCUUUGAGGAACUCUUCUUAAACUCAUGGUGUGUCCAUCAUUGUUGCUGAGAGCUGAUUGGUCGUGUCUCCACUGCACUGAGAGCUUUUAUAUUUUCAUAUUUCUCUUGUAAUGCUCGGGUCUUAAGAGAGAAAGCACCAGAGCUUCUUUCAUUGUAGAUAUUUUAUUCUCACUACUCUGGAAAAAAAAGAGGCAUUUAUAACGACGUGUAUUUUUCACAGACCAAAUGUUAUUGUUGUUGUCAACAUGUUAACAAAAGAGGUACUCUGAUGUUUAUAACACAUAUUUCAUUAAACAAAGUCCUUUUAAAAUGAUAGUAAUCACCAUUAAGAUCAUAAUCAAUAAGUAAAUCAUGUAUUUUAUUUUAAUUAGCUCAGAUUUUGGUCAGACAAAUUGAUUGUGUGGGAAAUAAUACCAAUAUAAUUACAUGCAUUAUUUUUGCAGACUAACUGUUGUUGUUGUUGUUGUUGUUGCCUUAUCACUGUACAAAUUGGGUACUAUAGGUUUUGUUAAACUGUGAAUAUGAUGGUAAUCAAUAAGUAAUAAUUUCUGGUUCUGUUUGAAUCGCUGAGAUUCCGGUUGAACAGUGAUUGUGUGUAUGGAGUGAAUCUGAUCAUGAAAUCAUUCAACAUUAAUUGUUAACCUGAAAAGCUAACGGGUUGAGUUUGUAAUAAAUUGAGUUUCUAUUUACAUUUUCA